AAAAAGAGGAAGACCGCAUGCUAUGGUUGUUCGGAGAUUCUUCGAAUUCACGAUCUUAAAGUCAUAUGAUUCACAGCAAAUAUAGCAACAAAUAUCUCAAUUGGUAUUUUCCAAAGCCACGAAACGUGCAUUGAGUUUGGAGCGAUAUGUGAAGUGAAGAUUGAAGACGUGAUAGAAGAUGGACGACUACUGCUAUGCUAAGAUGGCGACGUCCGCUAAAAGAGAAACUGAAAGAGAAUCAACUUCCAGCAAAUCACCAACGGAGAUAAAGACGAAAGAUGAAGACGUCCAGCAGCUGAUCGGUAAUCCAGAAGACGUUUCCCCUCAGUUAGGGGGGAGCUCCACUUUGAAGCAGGAGACUCCACAACCACCCUGCAUUAAAAAGGAAGAGGAGGAACUCUGCAUCACUCAGGAGGGAGAGUGUCUUCUAGGACGAGAGGAAGCUGAUUACACCAAGUUUCCACUGAGUAUUCUCUCUGUGAAGACUGAAGAUGAUGAAGAGAAACCACAAGUAGACAACCUCUUAGCUCCACUAUCAGAUAGUGAGGCUGAAGACGAGGUUGAAGAACCUUUGAGCAGAGAUAAAGACUGUGAAGGUGAUAUGAGGACUCACACUGACAACAAACACUCUGAAUGCUCUACAAAGAAGAGAGGUAAAACAUGUUUGAGCUGCUCAGUUUGUGCUGAAAGUUUUACUAAAAAGAGCAGUUUGACUGAACACAUGAGAACACACACAGGUGAGAAACCAAUUAAGUGUUCAGUUUGUUGCAACAGCUUUUCUCAAAAUAGCCAUGUGACUCAACACAUGAGAACACACACAGGAGAUAAACCAUUUUAUUGUUCAGUUUGUGCUAAAAGCUUUUAUGUUAAGUGCUAUUUGACUCAACACACGAGAACACAUACAGGUGAAAAAACAUUUAAUUGUUCAGUUUGUGGCAAAGUAUUUUCUCGAAAUUUUCUCUUGACUCGACACAUGAAAACACACACAGGUGAAAAAACAUUUAAAUGUUCAGUUUGUGGCAAAAGCUUUUCUCAAAAUAGCCAUAUGACUCGACACAUGAGAACACACACAGGAGAAAAGACAUUUAAUUGUUCAGUUUGUAGCAAAAGCUUUUCUCAAAAUAGCUCUUUGACUCAACACAUGAGAACACACUCAGGUGAAAAACCAUUUUAUUGUUCAGUUUGUGGUAAAAGCUUUUCUCAAAAUAGCGAUUUGACUAAACACAUGACAACACACACAGGUGAAAAACCAUUUAAUUGUUCAGUUUGUGACAAAAGCUUUUCACAAAAUAGCUCUUUGACUCAACACAUGAGAACACACACAGGUGAAAAACCAUUUAAUUGUUCAGUUUGUGGCAACAGCUUUUCUCAAAAUGGCUCUUUGACUCAACACAUGAGAACACACACAGGAGAAAAACAUUUUUACUGUUCAGUUUGUGGCAAAAGCUUUCCUCAUAACAACUCUUUGUGUCGACACAUGAGAACACACGCUGGAGGAAAACCAUUUAGUUGUUCAGUGUGCUGUAAAAGGUUCACACAUAAUGCAGAUGCAGUAAAACACAUAAGAACACACAAGGGAAAAUAACCAAUUAGCUGUUUAGUUUGUGGUAUGUUGCUCAUAUGUGGUGACAUCCACCCUACCCAGGACCUCCUCACUGCUUCUUUCACAAAUAUCUGAGGUUUUCAUACAAACUUGGAUUAGUUGAAGCAAAAUCUUAUCCACUCAUGACCCCAUGUCUUCUCUGUAUCUGAAACCUUCCUGAACAGUAAGAUAGAUGAUGCUUCAAGUGCUUGGUUACUCCUUCUUCAGUCCAGGGACCUGGGGCCUCAUGUGUCAAGUUUGUGCACGCUCAAAAACCUGCACUACACCCUUUUUCACGGCAAAGAUGAGAUGUAUCAAAACUGACGUUGACGCAUAAGUGAUGCUGGGUAACAAUGGACCACAAUGGAAACAAGCCUUUUGACUUUUUGCGCCAUCCAUUUGCCUUUUUAAAUCAUGACAUGGAUUCAAUUCUUUAAGAUGUCAAUAAACUUCUUAAUUAAUCAAUCCCAAAAAGUGCCAACUUUUACUACUCAAACUGAUUGAUGUGCAAAUCAGAGACGUAUGAACAAUUAACCCCCAACACCCACAACCCAACCCCCACCUCCCUCGACAUUCGGGCAUAACCGGUUCAAUCCAGCCCGUGAGAUUAGUUUGUUAAGAGUAAAAGUCAGCUGCAUUUUUAUAUGACAGAAACUGCUGUACUAAAUGUGUCCACUGGAUGUCGCAAUUUCAAUUCUGUUAGGAAAGCAAAUAGUUUGUUCCCGGGCGAGUAAGUAUA